AUGACGAGAUUGGUGGACUGGGCUUCUGGCAAGUUGAUAAAAGUUAUCAACGUCUCUAACUUCCUGGAUACAGAGACGUCGCCAAAAAUCGAGAGAUGUGAGUAUCUAACGUCAUAUAAUUGGUUUGAUCAUCCAAAACACCCUACAAUUCUGGUACCAGGAUCACCACCGCUUUGGUCACCGUCACUAAGCACAAAGCGGCUCGAUGAAGAUUCUGGAGAGUACUUUAGAGACCCGAACGCUGCAAGAUACUCUCGCUACCCAAUCGAGCCUAUAUUCAGGGCACUCUUAGCUAUCCACCCGGACGCUAAUCUCUCAUCAUUCGAUAUUAUUGGUUGUGGAAGCACUCUUGGGAACCUUCUUCGCUUUUGUGGAGGGAUCGAUAAAGACUUCCGCUUUGAUAUUGACCGUAUUGGAGACACAGUUUUCUUCAUACGCAAGGAGAGCUCCCCUACGGCUCUGAUCCCUAGCGUAUGCGGAUACGGGCAUUCUUUUCCUGAAGCGCAUACGAUGUGGGAACCUGAUGUAAAGGGCUCAGCUUCCCAUCAACGCAUUAUACAAUACGAUUUUGGCGGGUUGAAGUUCCUGGUGCGAUCUGAAAGCGAUGGUUAUUUGAAGCAGGCGGUGGACCGUAACGCUCAGCUUAACGAUGCCGCGAUGGCAAACACUUCUGAGGACCUUCCAGAAUUGAAGGAAACACUGGCGAGCGAAGCAGAUAACUACUCCUUGCUUGAGGACCUGAGAGUCUCCGGGGGACCUUCAUCUACUGGCGGGCCACUUCACAUCGAGAUGAGAGGGCGCCGAAUUCCACAAAAGGCCAUCUUUGACUUGAAGACGCGCGCUAAGGAGACACGUCGGCCGAUAGACAUGGACGAGGUAUAUCGGAGACUCUGGGUAAAUCAAACGCCGUACUUUAUAUUUGCUGAGCACUUUAGGGGCUCUUUUGAACCACGAAAUAUACAACCAAUGUUUGUCUCUAACGAAAUAUCGAAGUGGGAGAUAGAUCGUGAAGCGUUGUUGAAGCAUUACCAAGCCGUUAUAAUGGAGAUCCUUGCGGCAACAAGAGGCUCAGCCACUGGGAAGCUCCAAGCCAUUCGGCGGGGUAGCGGGUCAUUGAAAAUUCAAGAAAGGAUUGCCGGAGAUGAUGUUCUUCCCUAUGAUCUCCGCAGCAAUUGGUAA